CCAGGCCCGGCCCACAUCCCCGGGCUCCCGUAGGGCGGCGGGCAGGGCCGCGCAGGCAGGGCGGGCGGCGAGCGCGCUUACGUGAGGCCGGGGAUUCGCCGGCCCGCGUCAGGCCCCGGGCAGAGAAUGAAAGGACAAUCUGCUUCAUCUUGAUUCUGCAGCAUUCCAAACUGUGGUAUCCUUGGGGUUCUCUUAACAUUGCAAUGGUGCAGAAGAUUUAAAAUCAGCUGAUGUUCACAAGGAAUAGAGUCACGUGAUGUAUGAAGGGAAACAUAUACACUUCUCUGAGGUUGACAAUAAGCCCUUGUGCUCAUAUAGCCCCAAACUGUGCAAGCAGCGGCGACUCAACGGGUACGCUUUCUGUAUCAGACACGUUCUGGAGGACAAGACUGCCCCCUUCAAGCAAUGUGAAUAUGUGGCCAAGUAUAACAGCCAACGCUGCACCAACCCCAUCCCCAAAUCAGAGGAUCGUAGGUACUGCAACAGCCACUUGCAGGUACUUGGCUUUAUCCCGAAAAAAGAGAGGAAGAAAAAGAAUGAUCCUAUAGAUGAGGUGAAGGUCAGGCACCAGAUGGAUACCAUGGCCUUUAGCCUGACGGUGCCCCCGUUGGCCUUGAAGAUGCCCAACGGGCUGGAUGGAAUGUCCCUCUCUCCACCUGGGGCUAGGGUCCCUCUCCACUACCUGGAAACCGAGUUGGAAGACCCAUUCGCUUUCAACGAGGAAGAUGAUGACCUAAAGAAAGGGGCAACUGUGAGAAAGAAGUUGCAGAGCAAGUUGGCCCAGAAUCGGCAGCGCCAGAGAGAGACGGAGAUUUUAAAAGUCCGACAAGAGCACUUUAGUCCCCCUCCUGCGCCUUCACAGCAGCAGGCCCCGCCGCAGCUCUCCCACCUGUCACCUUUAGCCUCGUCCUUGAAACCUCCAGCUCCACCGCCACCGUCACCGCAGGGUGUAGUCUGCAAGUCCCCUCCACCUCCGAGCACCAGCCUACCAAUGCAGGGAGUGGCCCCCACCACACACACUAUAGCACAAGCGAGGCAGUUGCCCCACAAGAGGCCGCUGCCCCUCCUGCCAUCCAGUAGGGCUCCAGCCACGGACCCGCCCAGGACUGACCGGGUCCUGAUGAAAGCCACAGCCUUCUCUCCACACUUCUCCUGUAUAAGUCGCCUGCACAGACUGGUGAAACUGUGCACCCAGAAACAUCAGUUGGACACUGAUCUGUUUCCCCAUUUAGGUUUGGACUGGUCCGAAGAGAGCGGGGAGGAGCUAGAGGACUCAGAGCAGGCCUCGCCAUACCAGGUGGCAUGGUCCAUCCGAGAAACGCUCAGAUAUGAAAGACACACGUCAGACGACGAUGAUACGGAGAGUAGGAGCUCCAGGGUGACCCAACUUUGCACUUACUUUCAGCAGAAAUAUAAGCACCUCUGCCGCCUGGAGCGGGCAGAAUCUCGUCAAAAGAAAUGCCGGCACACGUUUAGGAAAGCUUUGCUGCAGGCGGCCAGUCGAGAACCGGAGUGUGCUGGUCAGUUGAUGCAGGAACUGCAGAGAGCUGCCUGCAGCCGAAGCAGCAUAAGCCGGACCAAGUUGAGGGAGGCGGAGCCAGCAGUGUGCAGUGGAACCGUGAAGGGUGAACGGUGCCCUAACAAAGCCCUUCCAUUCACCAGACAUUGUUUCCAGCAUAUCCUCUUGAAUCGCUCUCAGCAGCUUUUCUCAAGUUGCACGGCCAAGUUUGCAGACGGACAGCAGUGCUCUGUGCCCGUGUUCGACAUUACACACCAGACCCCUCUGUGUGAAGAACAUGCCAAAAAAAUGGAUAAUUUCUUGAGAGGAGAUAGCUCCCGUAAAGUUCAGCACCAGCAGCAGAGGAAACCCAGGAAAAAAACCAAGCCUCCUGCACUUACCAAAAAACACAAGAAGAAGAGAAGGCGUGGACCUCGUCGACCCCAAAAACCCAUUCCCCCUGCAGUACCCCAAGGGAACCUCAGCAUGCCCACCAGCGUCUCACUGCCAGUGGAGGCUGCUCAGAUCCGGAGCCCGUCCACGCCGGAGCUGAGUGCUGAUGAGUUGCCGGAUGACAUUGCCAAUGAGAUCACUGACAUUCCACAUGACUUGGAAUUGAACCAGGAGGACUUUUCAGACGUCCUGCCACGGCUACCUGAUGACUUACAAGAUUUUGAUUUUUUUGAAGGAAAGAAUGGAGACCUCCUUCCAACUACCGAAGAGGCCGAGGAACUUGAACGGGCCUUGCAGGCUGUAACUUCUCUUGAGUGCCUGAGUACCAUUGGGGUACUUACCCAGUCAGAUGGUGUGCCAGUCCAGGAGUUGUCAGAUAGAGGAAUAGGGGUGUUCUCCACAGGUACUGGAGCUUCAGGAAUUCAGUCCUUGAGCCGAGAAGUUAACACGGACCUAGGGGAGCUAUUGAAUGGGCGCAUAGUACAUGAUAAUUUUUCUAGUCUAGAGCUGGAUGAGAACCUGCUCCGUUCUGCUACCUUGUCUAACCCACCUACACCCCUGGCAGGGCAGAUCCAGGGGCAGUUCUCUGCCCCAGCCAACGUUGGCCUUACUUCUGCCACUCUGAUCAGCCAGAGUGCACUUGGGGAGAGAGCCUUCCCAGGACAGUUUCAUGGACUACAUGAUGGCAGCCAUGCCUCCCAGAGGCCACAUCCUGCCCAGCUGCUGAGCAAGGCAGAUGACCUAAUCACCUCACGACAGCAAUACAGCAGUGAUCAUUCACACUCCUCGCCCCAUGGAAGCCAUUAUGAUAGUGAGCACGUGCCGUCUCCCUAUAGUGACCAUAUCACCUCUCCCCACACAACAUCUUAUUCUGGUGAUAAUAUGGCAGCUACCUUUUCAGCAGAGAUGCCCAUCAUGGCGCAGCACUUGCUCCCAACCCAACUCGAGGUGCCACUUGGAGGAGUCGUAAACCCCAGAACUCACUGGGGCAAUCUCCCUGUCAACCUUGGAGAUCCCUCUCCAUUUAGCAACCUUCUCGGCGCAGAUGGACAUCUUCUUUCCACUUCCCUAUCCACACCACCCACCACGUCGAACUCAGAGACCACACAGCCUGCCUUCGCCACCGUGACCCCCAGCAGCUCCAGUGUGCUUCCGGGGUUACCGCAGACCAGCUUCAGUGGCAUGGGGCCUUCUGCUGAACUCAUGGCCUCCACCUCUCCCAAGCAGCAACUCCCUCAGUUCAGCGCAGCCUUCGGCCACCAGCUGAGUUCUCACAGUGGCAUUCCUAAGGACCUGCAGCCCAGCCACAGCUCGAUAGCCCCUCCUACAGGCUUCACAGUAACAGGUGCCACAGCUACAAGUACCAAUAAUGCAUCUUCUCCCUUUACCUCCCCUAACUGAGCGUGUCUGUGUGUUUGCAGGCAGGUGGGGAACCUGGUGUUUUCUAUCUUUGUUUCCUGUUUAGCAUCCCUUUCCCCCUUUUCCUAAAGAUUUUAAAAAUAACAGAUGGGGACUAAAGGGGAACUCCCUUUCCCAGUUCAGCAAGCAAGCCUGCGGCGGACCUUGCUUCAGUGUUCACGCGUGCUCCUUCGCACUGGUGCUCAUUCCCUCCUGGCGGGUUCUCUCUACCCCGAUGGUUUCCUUAGUGGCUCAGCACAGUGACUGGCUAGAGUUGAUUUUUAGCAGCAAGUCCUAGAAGUGGAAGAUACCUCAGAUUACCAGUGCCCUUUACUAUUUCCUAGUGUUCAGAUCAAUGCUUUCCAUUCUAUGACCAGGUCUUUAUGGAGGUGGUUCUAGAUAGAAUGGUCCUAUUCAUUGAGUUCCUGUGUAAGUGGUAGCAGGUGGUGCAUAGCGGGCAGAUCGAGGCUCUGCCUUAGCACCAACUGCUAGACACCACAUGAGGCCAGGAUUCCAUCCCUAAUUGUGAUCAUGUUCAAUUAAAAAGAAAAAAAUUAGUCUUUUGACCGCCUUUGUGUAUGUGUACGCCCAUGUGUGUGUGUGUGUGCAGGGCAGGAAGCAGCUGUCCCGUUGCUGUUGUUGUUGUUGUUGUUGUUGUUUUACUAUUUUUUUUCUCCUAACUAGUUUAAGGCUCUGACUUCUCCUUUCCCACAUCUCAGAACCCUCAUCAGGUUGGUCAUUCUUUCCCCCUGAAUUAGCGAAGUCUCCGCGCACAGAGGGUGGUGGGCUGAUGAUGCGAAUUGCACAAGCCCGUUUUGCUCGGUGAUCCAAGAACGCAGAAAGCCGAAUUCACGUCAGGGCCAUGGGGACGCCACAGAAAGCUUGCGUGGAGUGACUGCAGGGUUCCUGAGAUUCUGAGGUCCAGUGGUUACUUUGCCUUUUUAGACGUGCAUUUUGUUUCUGCAUCCCUCUCAUGGAAUACGUUCACGAGAUGUAAUUAUAAAAAGACCAUAUUUUGAUGUGAAAAGCAGGAUAGGUCAGCUAGAUUUGGAAAGAUGGGAUCUCUGAACUCCUUGAUCCGUCUUUUACUUUUGACUUUUUCAUGUUUACAGUAGUGAUUCUUCGGUAAGAUUUGUAAAAUGUUGAGGACACUUGUAGAAUCAAUGUACCAGUUGUGAAGUGAUAUGUAAUAUCUGAAGGAUACACAUUUUAAAGUUUCUUUCAAAGCAGAAUAUGGAAAUUAGACAUAAAUUGUACCCACCCUUUGGUACUUUUAAAAUAAUUGAAGUACUUAGGUUUAAGUUUGGGGAAAUUUUUUUUUUUUUAAAGUACCAGGAUUUUAGGGUUAAAAAUCAUAUUGGGUAGUUUAGUGAGUUGGUGACUAUGAAAUAAAUCUAUGAGGUUUCUUUUUACCUGCCUUCUCCCCGGCCCCCUCCCCAAGGGUGGAACUAGAUUCUAAAGGCAUCUGUGCUCUGCUUUUGCUGAGAAGUUUCACUGUCCCCUGAGAUACCAUUGGCUAUUUAUACCUGAGUCUAGUCUAAUUUACAUAUAUAUAUUUUAAAAGAUGAGUAGAAAGAACAUAUCUAUUAAUGAUGUGAUAUAAUUCAUUUGUCAGGGAAUAUUUGAUCUUAAUUCCUUUUCAAUAGGUAAAGAUUUGGAUGUAUUUUCCUACUUCCUAUAUGUAUUCUCUUUAUGCCAUGCUAAUUCUAACCAGUCCCUUCUUUUGAAAGCUUUUCUUUCUCUGCUUUUUAAAGGAAUGAUGGUGAUCAGCAGGCAUUAUGCAGAUACACGUGCCUGAGAUUAUGGAGGGGAAAUGUCACAUGACUGUAUGAAAUCAUUAUAUGCCCUAUUUUGUAUUUAUUGAAGUUUUCUUUUUGUGGGCCAAAAAUACAUUUGUAAUAUAUUUAGGUUUUUUUUUAAUCAUGAUAAUUGAUUGGAAGAUUUAUUUUUUAAUAGCUUUGCCUUUUUUGCAGAUUGAAAAAUUUCUAAAUUAUAAAUUGUGUCACAAAGCAAAAUUAUAUUUGGUAUCACCAUAAAUUUCUAUUCUGAAUGGUGAGGACAGAUCAUUUGAGCAUCUCUCACCUGUGAACCUAUGUUAGGAAGCUUUUUUAUUUUAAUGUACUGUAAUGAAAUGAUGAUGAGUAGUUACCUCUGCUCAAAAGUAUCACUUCAUUUGUUCUGCUCUUUCACUUCCCCUUCUAAUUACCCCUAGAUAACUGUCUGUUCCCAGCAGUCGCUCUAGUCUCCAUCGUGUGCUCAUCCCAGGUUGUAGCAGCACACCAGCUGUCUUAUCUACCAGCCCCCUCUGACAGCAAAGGGAAAGUCCUGGGCAGUCGGUUUGAACUUCUCUGGCUCUUCAUCCCUCGUGGUAGCUGCUUAAAAUUCUUCAGUUAUCAAAACUGAGUUUGCAGUAAGUUGCACAUUUUCUUGUUUGCAAUUUUCUGUUUUACGUGCAUUGAAAAGCCCUUUCCUGCUUUCUAGUAAGGAGGCAUAAAAUGAUCAGGAAUGUUGCCAGUUUCAGCUUCACACCAAAAACUUUGAGUCAGUUCAUUUUUGUUUAGAUGCCCACAGGGAUAGCUGAAAAAGGGGCGCCCGUAGGAAGUACCAGUGUAGGUUUGAGGAAUUAGCAAACAAAAACAAAACAAAACAAAAAACCAACAAAUUUGUCCUCUCAUUUCGUCUCCUUCAAAACCAACAUCCAAGCUUGCAGUUUGCUUUGCUCUUGCGGCUUCUUGUGAGUCCCUUUUCGGAAGAGAGAAGAACAUCUGUGAACCCAGAGAUAACCCGGUAGGUUUUUCUUUUAGCUAAUGCAGAGCAAUUCUAGUCUGUUAGUAGUAGGUUUGCUGUUCAUGUGUAGAGAAAGGAACGAAGUGUCUUUUACUCCAGAAAUACGAAAAUUUGUGUCAUUCAAAUAGCACUUACGCUAUCAGAAGGCAAUACUGGAAUCAAAAGCAAAUUUUAUGUAAGGUCCUAAUUAGGUGGAAACCAGCUUUUUUUUUUUUUUUUUGGAAACUCAUGAGAAAUGGUGGCAGAGAAGUUCACUCUAUUUCUGCAGUUCUUUGGGACCAUUUAUAAAGGCCAGUUAGAUUGUGUUAAUGUGAUUUAUUUACAAAGUUGCUGCAGUUCAUGGAUACAUUCUGUACUGGGAGAAUCUGAAUUCCAUUCUAAGGAAUGAUACUCACUGGCUGUGAUCUUAUAGCAUCGAAGAAAAGAUGUGUUUUCUCUCCUUUACUCUCUCUACGUAAGUGUUAAUAUUAUUUUAAUUAAAGUACUUAAGACAUUGUUUUUUCCUCUGUAAAAAUGGCUUAGUAAUUUGCACAUCUGCGUAGGUUAUGUAGUUAGUAAACAAUUCACAAUAGUAAAUAGCAAUUACACUUAACCCACCAAAUGACAGACUAUGCAAUGGAAAAAUUUUGUAAUUAUCGUCACAUAGCUUAUAAGGUGAAGGAUUUUUUUUUCCCCUCUCUAGUAGCCUACCAUGUGAGAUAGAACUGCUUUAUAAAUGACUUCCUGAGCAAUUUCAUGCUGGCAGGCACUGCGGUGUGUCUGAGGACCCUCCACGAAAAGAUUAUAAUUUAAUGAGAAGCAAAUAGUAGGUAUGGAGAUAAAGUUGGAAAAUGUGGGGUGUUUUUUCCCCCCUUUUCCUUAAAAUUGUAGUUACCGUCUUGAGUGGCGUCAGGCUAAAGAAAGCUAAUACUUUAUCUUUGCCAAAUAAUUAUUUAUAAGAUUUAUUUCUUCAACAAGCCCAGUCUCUCAACUGCAAGCUAAGAAUCCUCACUUUCUGUGACUAACACUAAAGCUUUUCCUUAUCAGAGCUCAUUUGUAGUCCUUCAUCACAACCCAGAGGCAAAGACAGUGCUUUGAUUUGGAAGGAAACAGUGUCUGUGAUCCAUGCCCAAUCUGUAAGCUUUCUUCUUAUGUGAAAGAAUUUAUAUUUCUGUUGACCUGUACCAUUCAGUUUUGUUUUGUUUUGUUUUAAGUAGGCUCCACACCCAGUGUGGGGCUUGAACUCACAACCCUGAGAUCAAGAGUCACAUGCUCUACCGACUGAGCCAGUCACAUACCCCUGUACCAUUCGGGGUUUUUAUCAGUUGGCCCUAGACUUUUGAGUCUAUGUAGGUAACUCCCGCGCCAUCAGCUCAUGUUACUUGCCUGCAGUCCUUCCUGCGCCCUUGCAUCAUGGGGGUGGUGAUGGCGGUCGUAGGCUGCAUCAGCAAUGUUUGUGUGAGGCGAUCGCCUUCUCUCCAAGUCAAUUCCGUAGGUGGUUGUGGAUUGGUAUUGCAAAAAGAUGAGGAUAUUCAUAACACUAAACUCAUGAUUUAAUAGAUUUGGAAUUCAUUUAAAAAAUUUUUUUAGGUAUCUAGUUUUCAGAUUCUUCAGCCUCUUUCAUUUUAGCCUUUUAACAUUCUACUAAAUUCUGUUUUUAAUCUGGUAUAUAUAGAUUAAUAUAAUACAGUGGUCUUCUGCAUGGUCAACAGAACUCUGCAGGUGAAUGAGGCAAUUUCAAGGAUUCCUUAGAAGAAAAUGUAGUCGUACUGAAUAGUCUUCAUCUGUAUCUCUUUCAUCACCAACACCUACGUCGUUCCAAGGAUUUUUUUUCUGAUGAGAAAUACAUUUCUUGGGGGUGAGGUAGGAGGUGGAAAUAUAGAACAUAGAUUUUUUUUUUUUUCCUCUCACAAUACAUUGGAAAUACGGAAUCUUCACUGGCAUUCUGUAGAAGGGUUAAACAAUGACUUCCUAAUAUCUGGAGCCUUAUGAGCUCUCCAAUAUCCUGUUCUGGAGGGAACUAGAAUCCAUGCUUAGUAGAUUAAAGUAACACUUUAAAUGCUAUCUUUCAAAAGAUUUGAAAUAAAAUACCAGUGAAGAACAUAUUUGGGUAUCUUAUCUGUUAAGCAUUUCCCCCUGACCAGUGAGUUGGGAAAGAAAACCUAAAAUACAAGUGAAUAAUUAUGUCUCCUAAUAGUCAGUGUCAUUAAUGCAAAAACUGUGGGGCCGACUUGGAGAGCCUCAUUUCUGAAUAGCAAAAACACUCUUUCCCUUCAGCUCUAAUUUCUGUUAGCUUCCCUUUCUCUGCACUGUGAUACAGAGCCAAUAAAGGACGGGUGGCAUUUCGGAGAGAGCAAAUUUGGUAUGACUUUCUUUACCGGAAACUAGGUUUCCACAUCUUGGGAAUGUUUGACUACUUUGAGUGGCAGAGUUUUGGGGGAUCUAAAGUUGAGUCUGAAAAACAGUGUUGUAAGAGAAAAGCUGUCUGUUAGUAAGCCCUGUUUGGGCAGCCCAGCUCUCCUUCCCUUUUCCCUCCUGCCUGCUGGCCUCCACAACCCCCCCACCCCAGGUCCUCAAGUCUACCCACGCACCCCUGAUCUGCCCUGAUCCUGACCUAAGAGUAAUAAAAGCCGCCUCUUCCAUUUGGUUUUGUUUUGUUUUGUUUUUGUUUGUUUUCUUUUUUUGAGCUGGGGACCACUGAAGUAAGCUCUGUAUGCACCCAAAGUUCCCCUUGGAAAAAUGUUCAACAUGCAGUGCUGCGAAAUGCCACACCAUUGCUUUUGCUUGGGGAAUAGACUGAUUUGCCCUGAACUGACUCCACCCUGCAUCGUUAAGGCCCCGUUGGCUCCAGCAGAUGAGUGUGCAAGUGAUGGGAAGUUGGAUGCUUGUGACAUUGUCUUCAUCUGCUCGGAAGGGUUGAAAUCAGUCCCUCUUCACAGUGAUUAUUCUUUUCACUGUAUAGUGUUGAGUAUGUCUCAGGGAUUCCUUGUGGAAAUUAGGGCAGUUUUUAAAGUAAGAAAAUAGUUUUAAAAGAAACUAAAGGUGACUCAUCAUUAAAGAGAGCGCAAGAAAGAGAAAACGUUCGGUUUCGUAGCCCACCAUGUCUUGAGUAGGACUUUUUUCCUUUCUCCUUCAGGCUCUCAUCUCUGCUUCAGCAAACAGAAUCCUUUCCCAUCACGCACAGCUUUAAAAGUUUUAUUUAAAAAUUUCCUUCCCCAAUGAGCUUUCAGAAUACUUAUUGUAGAUUUUAAGAGAAAACGUAUAUUAAUUUAUACUAUUAACAUCACCUCAUAAAUUAUAAGUUUUAUACUAAAGCUGUAUUGAGUGUAAUGAAUUAUGUUGCCUAUGUGUUUUAAUAGCUUAAAAAAUUAUAUAUGAGCUUUUUUUUUUUUUUUUUUGACAAAAACUAGUGAAGCACCUUUUUACACUGGAUCUCUGCCGUGUCAAGGUGUAUAGCUAUCCUUUGCUACCUUGCAGAUAUAUAAAAUAAAAGGCUAUCCUGGGGCCUCAAAAUGUAGAACACCUUUAGACCAUUUAUUACUGCUCAUUAGAACUGUUGGGAAUUGUGUUUCUUUAGUAAAUGAUCUGUGGUUUACACUUAAGAUGGCUAGAAGCUUAGUUACAGGGUAAAUAGAAAUACAUAGAUCAAGCAAAACUCCCAACUACUGUAGCUGGAAUUUGUAAACUAAGUUUUUAAGACCUCUUUUAUUUCCUAUGGAUUUAUUCUUUAAUUUACAGUUUAUUCUGUAAGUUGGGAAGUAAAAUAGAGAAAAUAAUAAAUCUAGAUGUUCUCAGUGUCUUAUUCAGGAACUUUUUAUCCCUCCUCACUAAGGAAUUCCCACUGUGACUUAAAAAUAUAAUUAAAUUACUUGUGUGCAUGUCUCUGUGGUUUUACACACAUGCAAAAAUAUACAUUGGGGGCACGUGUGUGAGAGAUGAAUGUGUGCUUAGGUGAAAAUAGAGGAAGGUAACAGAAUGUAUUGUAGAAAUAUGAUUUAUUUAGAUGAGGCUAGCAGAGUUUUCUCAUUGUCUCUAGUAUAAAUACACCAAAUUCUUCAUUAUGCUAUCUUCUGUUAAAAGGCUAGCUCUGAUAUCAUGUGCAUUUUAUCUUAACCUUUGAUUGACUUAUAUUAUGCUAUGUUUUUAAAAUGACAUGAGAAACAGGUUCUAAGACCAGCCUCUCAACUUUUGAGCAUAAAAAUAUGAGAGAGAGAGAGAGACAAACCAGACAUGAGCUGUGUUUAUCUACUGGGGUGAUGGGACCAGAUCAGUUGAAACAACUUUUUUUAUGUUAAUAAUACAUUUCUUCUUAUUCUGAGUUAGAAAAUCUUAUUGGUCAUCUUUUCUUGGUGAAGUUAAGAAAAUUACAGGCUUUUUAUAAAGAAUGCUGUUUUUUGAAGGGACUGCUUUGUUGAAAGAGUUGGGGGAUCAUUUCACCAUGAAUAUUUCAAAGCUGGGAUGAUUUCAGUUACUUCUAAAAAUUAAAAAAAAAUUACUCAGUUGUGCUAUUAUUUAUGAAGUUAGCGUGCCCCCGACCUCUGUAUUUUGGUUAUAAGAACAAUUGUGCUACUCUUGACUUUUACCUGAUUCAUAUGGAAUUAAAAAAAGAUACAUUCCUAUAUUUUGAGUUUUGUCAUUUUGCUAUACAUUCAUUACUGGAGUAUCUGGUGGUCUAACAUAGCCAAAACUAGAGUUGUCAUUAAAUGCUCCGAUCACAUUUAUUUUUAAUAUCAAAAUAUCAUGUACUUUGAUAUACAUCAAAACAACUUCUGAGAAUACACCAGAAUUUGUAGUUCUCUUUGAAGCCUCAUUCAUCUUAGGUAUAGCCAAGACCUAGGAAAGCUCUACAGGUCGUUCCUUUUAUAGUUGUAUUUCUGCAUCUCCCAGUUUCAUUCACUCUUGCUUUACGGAUUUUUUAAAAAUCUGCAUAUUUCUUGUACAUAUGCAUGCAAAUGAAAGAAGGGAGUUUGUAUUGGUGCCAUUCCUCCCUUCAGUUACUGGUUAAUGGGAUUUGCUAGAAUAAAUUCCCCCUGAUCGAAGGGUGAAAAUAGACCCUUUUGUGUAUAUCUGUACAGAGAUGUGUAUAUGGGAUGUGGUGGCACUUUGCUGAAUGUGAACUUGCCUUGUCAAUGGAAAGAUGGAAGAGUACUAUGUUUAUUUAUACCUUUGUAUAAAUCUAUAUAUACACGUAUGUAUAUGUGUGUGUAUAGAUAAAGCUUAUAUACAUAUAUUUCCCUAAAAAAUGUGUGUGUACAAUAGAUAAAACAGCCUUUGUUAAGCAAGAUUAUACGUCUAUGGAAACUCAGUUAUUCUGUAAGCAAGAGGAGGUGACGGUCUGGAGUCCGUCAUCAGUGCGUACCAAGAUGGAAGUCCUUUGGAUUAUAGUCUUGUUUAUGGCUAUGGUUAUAAGUGAAUUCCUGCUAGAACUCUUCUUACUUGCCAGUUCCACGAUUCUUCAUCUGCACUGCCUUCUCAGUCUCCCAUCACACUUCAUUGUAUUUUUUCCCCUUUAUGAUGUAGCCAGAAGCAUUUGGCUCAAGCAUAGUUCAUUAACUUCUCAGUCGUUUCUUUUAAAGAUCUUUUAAAGAUUGGGUAAUAUUUUGUAUAGUAAUUUUAAGGAUUGGGCAUUCACCUUUGUCUCAAAACCAAACAGAAACCAACAUUCAAACAAGACUAAUUGGAAAGUUUUACCUAGAUGAUUUGGGGACAUUUUCCUCACAUUGGAAAACAUGAUGAUUUUAGUAUUGAUAACAGUGUCAAUUAUUGUCACCAAUCUGUCAUUUAAAAAUGUGGUUUACUUUGUGUCUUAAUCAUAAAUUUACCACUCAUUUUAAUGGAAAGCAUACUAAGUCACACAUAGGCCUCUUGAAUUCUAGAACUAACUCAUUUUACUCAUGAUGACACUGCUUCAACGAAUACUUACGUAAUGAAUUUUGCUAUAUUUCCUUUUUUUUCACAUUUGUGACAUUGUGUUUUACCUUUGCUGCAGCUCUCUAGAAAACUUGCAUCCCUAUAUAUUGUGCCUUUAAAGCUCUUAUGCACACACAGACAAAAGUGUAUAUAUACAUGUUGGAGCAUGUGUACAUACACUUUCGUAUAGGCUCACACAGUAUGUCUCGUAUAUAUUGUGCGAGUGAAUAUAUAGAUAUUCAAAGGCAAUGGAAUGUUGCUUUCUAGAUAUAUAUGUAUAUAAAUAGUGUUGAUGUACUGUAUAUACACAUGUAUAUGUGUGGGUUUUAAAUGGCAAUCUUCUACAUUGAGCAAAAUGCUGCCCCUACUGGAAUAUUGUCACUGCAAUGGCAGUUGUAUGUAAUGAUUUAAAAAUACAUUAUCGAAAAUUAUUUAAAGAACAUUUAAAAUUCUCAUCUAAAGACAUCCACACAUUAUUUAUUUAUCUUCCUUUUCCUUUUUAUUGUUACAUUUUGUUUUAACUGAAAGGGAGACUGUCACUUUUAAAAAAAAAAAUGCCAUCUGUCCCAUGGGAGAAAGAGAGAGAGCUGGGGAUUCACUUGAGGAACCCUGUGCAUUUUUCCUCUCUCCGAAAUGGAGAUGUACCACAAACCAGCCAGUUUAUUUCAGUUAUAAAGCAAUCCUAACAUUUCCACUAGUGUGUGUCAACCACCAUCUUACUAGAUCAACUUAAUUCACCAAUCUGCCUCUUCCUUUCAUUAAUAAAUUAUGAUCAUUGAGAUCAUUUUGCCUGGGGGAAGUUAACUACUCUCUAGCUGCAGGGAAAUAUAUCACCUAAUUGUUAUUCUGCCUUGUUCAAAAUUCAACUUUGAGAGAAGGCAGCUCUCAUGAAGCUGUCUUAAGCAUGUUUUGCAUUUAUUUAGUUAAAGGUCUUCCCAGACUUUUUUUUCUUUUUAAAAGAACUCUAAGUCUGCAUGCGCUUGCCAUAGAUUUAAUUCUUAGUCCCCACAGCUUCAGGUGUUUUCAUUAGUACAUCAAUUUGACACACUGAAGGAAAGACUCUGAAGGAAAAAAAUGAGAUAUUUUAUUUUGUGAUGAGUUGGCAGCAGAUUACAUUUCAAGACCUUACAGAGAAAGGAACAUAGAUGGACAAUCCUAAAUUUUAAGAUGUUACCAAAAAAAACAGUGAAGGAAGAAUAUCCCCCCUGAAGACCAGAAGGGAGAGGUUGGGGUCUGAGUGAUUUCACAGAGUAGUUGAGCUGGAACUUGAUAUCAGAAGCAGCCUUUAACAAAGCCUCUUGGCAGUUGUAUGGUACUAACCUGGAGUACUGAGGUGUAAAUCGAAACCAAGUUGCAGUGGGAAAUCAAAGGUGAGGUGGUAGCUUCUUUGGAUCCGGUAAGGGACAGACGCAUUGCACAGUUUUAAAAUCUCUUCUUACAAAGUAACUGCACGGUAGCAAGGACUAGCAGUUCUCAAAGCCCUUCUUUUUCAGUGUUCUCAUUCACCUUGGCACACAAGUAUGUUUAACAGGCCAUACGUUAAAAAUAUUUACAAAAAAAAAAAAGCUGCUUAAAGGGAACUUACAAACCGAGAAUCUUGUCUAUUUUUACGUGAAUAGUGGCUAGAAGUGGCUAGAAGCUUAGUUGUAUGCACAAAAGCUAAGGGGCCACCCGUUUCUGCACAGACUAUAGCAGUAAGGUGAGGAGGUUGGCAGAUUUGGUUAAGAACCCCCCAGUUGUGACGUGACGGAAAGGCGUGUCUGACAUUGAGUGUGGUGUUGCUUGGGGGGGGGGGACCACAUUUUGGGAGGCGAUGGGCUGUUGGUUUGUAAUUUCCCUUUAAACAUGAAGAGAUGGCUCAUAUUUUCCAUAUAUAUCUCAAUGAAUGUACUGUAUUACUGUUUUAAAAAAUUUGAUGAAAUAAUAAUGGAUUGGUCUCCUUUUAUUAUCUGGUCCUUGUUUAAUUUGUUUAAGGGUUUUUGUAUACAAAAGUUUACAUUUUUAUGUAUAUUUUUCUUGUGUAAAAACUGAUGUAAUAUGUGUAUAAAACACUGUAUGUAUUAUCUGUAUAUAGUGUGACAAAAUGAUUUUUCUUUCUUUCUUUUGGAUGUAUUAAUAAAUCUUGCUGUG